UUUUAUGCACAUGAAACAAAGAAAUAAAUAAAAACAGUCCGCGGAAGGCCCUCCCCUUUUAACGACACGCUGCGUGCCCUUGCUAUCGCCCGACGUCGUGACGUCACCGGAGGCGUACGAAACAUGGCUGCUCUCAACGAGUCGAGACGUUUCUCUCAAUUUUGUAUUUUUAGUAUUCAAUUCUGAGCGAUGAUACAUACCCAGGACAAAAUGGAGAAACUGUUGCCAUUCACAGAGGAAAAAGAGAGGGAGGGGGAAGAUAUUGAGGAAGAGGAGGAGGAAGAAGGAGACGGGGGUGAGGAAGAGGAGGAGGAAGAAGGAGACGGGGGGGAGGAAGAUGUUGAAGAAAAGGACGGUACAGAUAAUAAAGAAAAGGAAGAAGAGGAAAUGCCACAGGCUGAGGAUGAAACAGAGAAAAAAACUCCCUUGCCUGCUCAACCCAAAGACAAAAAGCAGGCUGAUGUCCUGAACCUCAACAACGAGGUGGUGAAGAUGAGGAAGGAGGUGAAGAGGGUUAGAGCUUUGAUCAUCCGGAAGCUGACACGACAGAUUGUUGCCUUGAAGAAGAAGAAGGGGAAAGAGACGGAAAUUGAGAGGAAUCAGAGGAGAGCUGACAGACUGCUGGAGGAGAUCCACGCCAUGAAGGCGCUCUUACCAGACCUGGUGACCAAGACAGCCUUGCAGAAGAAUCUCAACUUUGAGCAGGUGUGUAAUAACCCCAAGUCUACUAUUUCUGACCGGGCCGUAGCACGCGUUGCCACCCACCCUCAGUUCAACCGGAAGAUCGAGGAAAUUAAAGCUGCUGUGAAAGCCUUCAAAGACGAGAGGAUGAAGGGUGGAAAGCAGGAAGGAAAGGAAAAAGUGCAAAAUAAAGCUGGACGGGUAAACCAACAGUCACCAGACAAAAGGGGAGAAAAGAAGAGUGAGAAAGAAGAGGAGGACAUGACAGUGCAGCUAAAGGAAAUGUCGGACAUUUCACGGGAAACAGAUGGUGUCCUUGAAGACACCAGAGAUUCAACUGUUGCUAAACCUGAGAAGGACACUGGGAAGGCACCUCAUUCAGCUGAGACUGCUAAUGUUCAGAAGAAAGAAGUACCAGAGCCUAAGAGUGCACAGGCAGCAUCAACCAAAAGUAGUGAAGUAAAGGACAUUGGAAAUGAGCCUCAAAGUAAAGAUGCAGGAAAUAAGCCCAGUCCUGCAGUGCUUCACAAAAAGGAAGAUGAGAAAGAGAGUGAUUUAGAGUCAUCCGAUGAGGAAGAGAAAGAGUACUUUGAUGACAGCACCGAGGAACGUUUCCGCAAGCAGUCCUCCCAGUCGGAGGAGAGCGAGGACGACUUCUUUGUUGGAAAAGUGAGCAAAUUCAAGAAAAAGAAGCAGAAAAUCUUGGAAGGGGAGAAAAAGGUUGAGAGGGGGCAUGAAGUGAAAGGGGACUCCGCAGACAAAAUGAAAUCUUCAGAAAGGGUCCAGAGGGAACUUGAUGAGCUUGAGUCCAGGCUGAAGUCUAAAGCGACCUCGCUUCAGUCUGUGUUCUGUUCUUCCCUCUCUGGGUCUAAGCAGAGUAGAGGUGCAGGCAAAGGGAGAGGUGGGGAUACAUUUAGGGGCCAACGGAAACCAAAGGGUGGCAGUGGUUUAAAUAGAGAUUUUAGUAAACAAUCCAAGUUCCAAAAGCAGGUUACAGGAACAGAAAGAAAUUCAGGGUCCAAGCACGGCAACCCUGAUUCAGAGGAGAAGGGCUUUGCAUCUGUCGGCAGAGGGAGGGGACGAGGAAGAGGUGAUGUUAUAAGGCAAAAGAUUCACAUAGGUGGAGGUGUCUUUUCCCAUCAGGCACCACAGCAGGCACUGCAUCCAUCAUGGGAAGCUAGUAAGAAAAGAAAGGAGCAGCAAGGACAAAUACUGGCCUUUCAGGGGAAGAAGAUCAAGUUUGAUGAUGAUGACUGAACCUAGUCUCUUGUUUGCUUGUAAAUGUCGAGUACACACGUGUAUAAGUGGCUCACUUUUUUUUUGUGAUCAAUGUCUGCAACUUGGUUAAAUGUAGAGAUUGUGUCUUACAAUGUUCUGUGACUGUGUUUUAAUGGGUGUAAACUGCUGUGUCAUUCUUAUGGCUGGAAAAGGACAACAACCUAAUAUUUCUAAAUAAAACAUCAACAGAAAUGUUGUUAAAAUAUUUUGAUUUCCAAAUAUGAUUCAAAUUUAAGCUGUGAAAUGCCACAAGUAAUUUGUAAGGAUGCGCUUUAAAAAUGGAUUUGGGAAGCACUGUUGUUUGAUUUUCUUUUUAAUUUUUGAUUUCUUUUUUUUGAAUGUUUUAAAUUGUACGAUGCUCUUUGCCUGACACACUUAAUCCACCAUAACCCAUGUCUUCUUAUCACGGUAAUUAUGGCAUAUUUAGUGUAUACGUUCUAUGAAACUGAUGUAUAUUGACACACGUAAGUAUCCAUGGCAGGAAGACCUAGAACCAAAUGACUUUUUCUUGUUUUUUGGUCUUUUAUCAUUAUUUGUCUUUAAACAAUACAAAGUUUAUAUUUACAAGUAGUGUAUAUGUCCUCCUUUGCUGCCCUAUCUGUAUUACCAGAUGGAUGGAUGGACAGACAGACAGAUGUCAGGUCAGUAAAAGAUAAGUGAGUCCACCUGUUUCAUCUUCGCAGGUCACGUGAUUCUCAUCCUAUUUGUCAUAUUAUUUUAUUGUUCAUGUAGUAGGCUCUUCUGAUUCUUCUGAGCCACCUUUAUAUGUAUUUGGUGAACACUGUCAAAAAUAACCCCGGUUAGUUGACUUAAGAUAUGUUAUCGAAAGGUCUGCUUUUCAAAUAUUACGGGCCAGUGGUAGCUAGAAGCUAGUUUACUGCCUCCGGCUGGACAAAGAUGUAGUUAGCCUGCAACGCCGACUUUCCAUCAUCACAUCUGGAUUUUUGAUACGACGACUGAAUUGGCAAAAAUUAUCUAUUGUAGAGGAUUUUCAAGUGAUCAAAAUUCAAAUGAAACUAU